UUGGCCCUCAUAAUACAAAUGGAAAGAAUGCGUGUGGCGGAAGUUAUAGCUGCCAGAGACACCGUUGUCGAACGCCUCGAAGACGCUUACAUAUCUGUUCGGCAAAAGUCAGCAACGAUUGAUCGACUUCAGUGUGAACUAGACAAUCUGAGGCGCCCUUCUACCCCUGCCACAUCCGUGGUGAGGGAUGAUGAUUCGUCUACGCAACUUCCGGUGCAAUACACUGCCACCUCAUUUGAUAUUCCACAACCAGCUCCGAGAGAAGGAUACGUGGAGGACGGUGAUACAUCCGCUCAGGACUUUCCUCUUGACGCUCCGAACGGACCUUCCACAGGGUUGCCACCGCUAGAUUUCCGCCCAGAAAGCCAGUGUGAUUCCAAUUCGUUCAGUCCGUCUUUCCAAUCAAACUAUUGCGCACGUCUCGAAAAUUAUUCUGAUCCACGCCGCUCUGAAACCGCCGACUUCCACCAUCCGAAUAUUGUCGAAGCACUGCCGCUCGGCGAUGGACCCGAGAAAUUGAUUCUUGCAAGACAAGCACUUCUUGCGACGCUUCCUCUACCUGCUGACAUCCCAGAUGAUGCUCUAAACCCAAUUCUCAUCCCUCAGCCAUACACCUUGCAUGAAUUCUUGGGCAAUGCUUCUGGUACACUCAAAAGCUCCUUGUCGAACUAUCGUGUCCUCGGCCAACUGACAACAUACUGGUGCCCAGAGCGCGAAGAACAUGGAUAUUCGCUCACUCCCGUUUUCAAGUGUAGCACCAAUCCCCGAGUAACAACAGCACAUCGAUGGACUGCGGUGGAUGUAAUCGGCACCAUGGACAGGCCUACCGAGUGCUUCUACAACAAGGACGGGAAGUGGUACUAUGCUGGUGUAUACAAGGCUUUUCGCAUGGACGAUCUGACCACAGAAGAGUGGGAGGCUCUUUCAACCGAGACGACACAAACCCUUAUCAAGGAGACUCUAGCGGGCCGAAAAAACCUCUCGCCCCAGAACCUCUACGAGACUGCACAGUUGUAUGCUGUCGGCGCCCUUCGUGUUGCGUGUAUCGGACUGCAGUGUGUGGGAUUCAGCUCUGUGAUGUACCGUGCGGUCUUGGAACAGGCAGCUCUGGGGAAGUGGCGCGGAAUAGGCUGGUCGGGACCCACCGGGAAGUCGUCCAGUGACACAACGAUCGAAGGCAAUGAAAUAUCUGGAUCUUGAGCUUGCUUGGUUUUGCGUCGGGGACUCUUUGCAACUUUGG